CGCAUUUUCCUCUGAAUAGAGUAGUUAUAACAAUAGGCAGAGUAAACUCGUCCAAAUGGUAGUGUCAAAAGUGAGAGUAAAAAAGUGAGUGUCAACAUUUCAGUGUAAAUCUAUUUUUCUCUUGAUAGAGAGGUUAUAACAAUAGGCAGAGUAACUCCUCAGACAAAAUAACUCUGCAGGGUGAUGAUUCCCCGCGAAAAUUCUAGAACCGGAGCUGGAGCUGGCAUGGCAUGUUGGAAGUCGUUUCUCUCCCUGCGUGAAAAUGCUGUUGCGUGUCUCAUUUGGUGGAGUGCAGAAGUACAUAAAGAUGCUUGAACUGACGUUUGAUGAUUUCUUGAGAGAAGUGAGUUUGAAGUUCAACAUCCCCGAAGACAGAUGGUUGGACCUCAAAGUUUAUGACCAGUCUAACACAGAGGUAGACGCCGAGGUUUUUGAGGAGCUCGUAAAAGAGUUCCAUGGACCUUUCCUAGUUUCAUUGGCCAAUGGAGCACCUGGUAACCCUCAGUUCACAUCAUCUCCAGGGUCUACUGCAUCUGACGACACAGUGAUCCUCAACUUCUCCCUGCUUGAGCCAGCUGAGGAACCCCUUGAGCCAGCUGAGGAACCCGUUGCAGCCCAAGGCAGUCAACCUAAAAGGCCUUGCCGCAUCAACUAUGAAGCAAAAACUCUGAUUGAAAAAAUCCUGACUACAAAGCCUGGAGGUGACCGUAUCAUCGAGGAGUAUGCAAAAACAAAAUCAAUCACAGAUUCAACCAGAAGACGGCUCAUCAACAUACUUGCUGCAGAAAUGACGGAAACACAUGGGACCUCGCCGCCGCGGAGUGUGAAAGUGAUGUAUGCACAGGGGAUUAUUGCUCUGUUUCCAUAUCUUGAAGACCCAUACUCACAGAAUGGCUAUGAACACUACUACGAUCCGGAAAGUGGUUCAGGAUACAUUGCAUGGCGGUUGAAGACCAUUCAACGAAAGGCUUCUGAGGAAAGAGUUCCAGCAGUUAAAUCUCCUAAAGUGGGUGGGCCAGGCCAUGGACGUACUACACCCUUUACUGCCGAAGUCCUGACUGAUGAGGAAGUGGAAUCCGCUAUCGCUGUGUUGAGACAUUCUGCUGAUGAGGAAACCAUCCGUGAAAAAAUGAAAACCACCUUCAGUUAUCGCCAAGCAAUGGUCAAUGACCAUGACAAAUCUGCAGAGGUCUUCUCAGUUUUUCCACGGUUCCUGGACACACCAGGACUGGUAGAGCAGGAUUUCAGACUGAUGUUUGGCGAGCAGACUGCCAAUAAAUUCCUGGAGCGAUGGCCUACCACUUUCAGGGCAAGAGUCAUUAAGGAAAGCCAUGGACUGGUCCCCUCCACAGACCUUCUUGAUUUGAUGCACAAUGCUGAGACAUCCACUGAAGUUGAAAAUGGCUGGGACAGUGAUACGUCUGCCAUCAUACUGCUGCUACAUCUGCUACCGCCAUCCGCACAGGGACGCAAGAAGCCAGGGAAGAUAUCAGCAUCUAAUGCAGUGGAUCACCUCAUCAAAUUCCAAAAGACGGGAACAAGCCUGCAGCAGCAUCUAGACAACAUCACUGAAAGCCGUCAGCCCUACCUCCUUGCACAGGGACCCACAAAAAGCAGCAUUCACUCCUUCUUCAUUGCCAUCGACAAGCACGCACUUCCAUGCCAAGGCACCACCUCAGUCGGAGCCCUGGAUGAACUCUUCAAGGCCCACUUUGUCUUUGGUACAUCUUACAGUCCUGCCUUGAACAACUUUUUCACUUUUCUCCAAACUUCCAUUUACAACAUUGAUGUAGGGAAAACUAAGGAAACGCCAAGAAUUGCAGAGUUACGAGCUAGAAUGGUGCGUUAGACUCAAAGGAUAACUUAAGCCACUAUCAACAUGCAGCUGUAAUGCUCACACUACCCUGGAAUUGUCAGUACCUGAGAUUUUUUUCCAGCCUUUUCUGAGAUCCUGGUCAUUGUAAUGGGGGCAGGUGUUUGUUUACAUUAAAAAAAAAAAACAUCUUGAUUUAUUCCCAAAAACAUUAAAAAGGUUAUGCAACAUCAGCAGACAACUAACAACCAGUGAUACCUCUUGAGAAAAUAUUUGUAGUAGGCCUAUGUUAAGAAUUUUUAAAAAGUAAACAAAAGCUGCCCCCAUUACAAUAGCUCAGAUUUCUGAAAGAAAAAAAUUGACAUCACCGGGUUCUGACAAGUCAAGGGUAGCGUGAGCAAUGCAACAGCUUAUUGAAAUUGACUGAAGUGGUCCUUUAAAGUGACACUGUCCCAUUUUUGGAAAAAGCUUAUUUUACACCUCCCCUUGGUUUUACCGGUCUCGUAUACUUUCAACCGUUCUCGGGUUAUGGGAGUG